UUGGAUUUGAUGGAUCACGAAUGUAGUACCAGGACGAGAAUUACUUUCCUUCUUUAGCUUGGACCCAUUCGGAUUUAUACUUUGUAACUUUCUGUGGAGUUAUUUACUGUGGCAGACUUUUGACAUUGGCUGAUAGAACUAUACAUACGGAGGUUCUAGCAUCAAGUAGCAACCAGUGAAACAGGGAGAGAUAGAAAGUCAGGACCCCUUACCUUGUCUGGCGUGGUCACCAUGCCUAUCCCAGUCGGGGUACAAGACCACUACGGUGAACCAGCUUACAGUCACUCCAACGCUUCAAACAAUGGUAUGAACGGAAUAGACAGACACGCUAUGAGCAACGGGUACGGGCCUGGCCCUGCUGGCCCCUUCAGAGACUCCAACGGCCCAAGCCGACCUUCAAAUGGUCAAUACAACAACAGCCAAGCCUACGGCGACCCCAGAGACGACCCACGCAUCGCAGUUCGCGCUGACGUCCACAGACCCCCGAUGGACCCCCAGAUGGGCAUCCCCGGGCAGCGCGACCCCGGCGGCCAGAUCUACAGAAACCAGAGGAUGCCGAGAAACGAGCUGCCUCCUAGAGAACUCCAGAGGGAGGUGAGCAGGGAGGGGCCGAGAGACGGGCCGAGGCGGGAAUUGAAGAGAGACCCGUCGAUGGAGCCGGAGAGGAAUCCACAGAUCGAUGUGUAUGUGCAGCAGAAGAGGUUCCCUAUUGAGCAUUUGUGCACAUUCACUAUGGACCGUAAGGAAGGCUUAGUUACCGUAGAGGAUGUGAUACGCAAGGUGCAGAGGCUCGACGCUAAGGGACAGAUCUGGUCUCAAAUUGUUCUCCUUCAAGUCGCCGAUCGAGAUAUCAUGAUCGUGGAUGCGGCUUCACGGGGUGAGAUAGAGAGGUUCCCAAUGAACGACAUCAGCCUUGUGUCCGCAGAGCUCAACCAGUGUAACUACAACAGUAUUCUCGUUAUUCAGUUCAAAUUCGUCGGCGAGAAAAACCCACAGACAUACGUCUUCCAGUGUGACCAAGUACCAGCUGAUGUCAUUGCCAAGGAGCUUCAAAGGAACAUUGAUUAUACACAAGGGAGACGGAAGAGAACAACAAGGACGGAGGUGAAGACAGAACUCAGGAACUCAUCUCACUACGAUGACAGACAGAUGUAUAUCCCACCCCCUCCUGAUGAGCCUGCACCCCAACCCCCAUCAGAGGGGAACGUCCGUAACAAGGUGGCAGCUUUCGCUGCAGCUGCUGCUGUUGCUCAAGCAAGUGGAAAUGGGGUUAAUCGUGGUUUCCAGUACCCAAAGUCUCUGCCGAUGCGAGCAUCAGACAGCGACGAGCCCUUGGAGAUGCUGGCGAUGAGAACGGAACGAGAUGUGGAGAUUUUAAACCACUGUUUCGACGAGAUUGAAGCCUUCAUCGGUCUCCUACAGAAGGCGGCCGAGGCCUACACAGAGCUCGUUCGUAGACGCAAGUUGCGCAAGAGCAAGAAACGUGAGCCUGGUGACGGGCUUCUCCUCGCCAGAUCUCGCCCUCCGCCAGAGUCGGAAUACAUUGAGUGCUUGAAGAAGUUCAAAUUCUGCUUCAAUCUGCUGGCUAAGCUCAAGAAUCAUAUCCACGACCCCAACGCACCAGAGUUGAUCCACUUCCUCAUGGUCCCGCUGGAUCUGAUCAUCAAGAGUUGCCAGAGCACCGAGCUGGCAUCCAACAUCGUCUCUCCGCUGCUGACCCCACAAGCUGUUGACAUUCUGCAGAACUGCCUGACGUCUCGUGAAGCUGACCUGUGGAGGUCGCUCGGUAGAGCUUGGACGAUUCCAUCAACGGAGUGGCCCAAAGAGAGACCGGUACCCCGUUAUACACCAUACUUCCACGAUGGCUGGGCACCACCUGGACUGCCGGAUCAUCACACAAGCCUCGACGUGAAUGCAGCAGUGGCAGCGAACGCAGCCGCAGUGGCUCGGGGAGAGCUAAGGGAACGCGUUCCGAGCGGUUCGGAUUAUUCAGAUGGUGGUUACCACGGAAACAAGAGAAACAGCAGCAGCAGUGGGAUGUCAGACCAGCGACCAGUCACCUCAAGAAGUCCUGACAUCCCACCUCAAGUGUCCCCCAAGCCGGUCAUCAACACACCCCUCCCACCGGGGGUCAAGGGUUAUGUCAAACCCAUGUUUGACUUUGUGGCUCGGAAUGUCAAAGAGUUGACCAUCAUGUCUGGAGAGAAAUUAGAGCUUCUGGAGGACAAUCGCAAGUGGUGGAAGGUUCGGAACUCGUCCGGGCAGUACGGCUACGUACCUUCAACCAUCCUCACCAGCGUAGCCACAAGCCAGCCACAGCAACAGCAACCCCCGCAGCGCAACCCGAACUUCAACUCAAACCACCAUGCCCCUUCCCCUCAGACACCGCCAACACCCCCUCUACUCGGUGCUACCACUUCUUUUGACCAGUCCUUCAACAGCAGCAACUCUAUGACGCAGAGAAUGGUCAACCAGGCACCACCCCCACCCCCACCACCCCCUGGGCCACCAAGCGCACCCCCUCCACUAAGAUCCGAAAACAACAGCCUUGAUUUUGCCACCCAGCUGAAGAGUACUCUCCGCAAGAAAGAACUCCAGAGGAAGGGAAUUAGUGUUGAAGAUUUAAUCCCACCACGUGCAGAGAGAACACAUCUUGACCUUCAUGAGGAACUCAUGAAGAGGGUCAACCAGGGACCUCCGAGGAAUUACAACAUUAGACGCACCAGCAACACUAAUGUCAAAAUCAACUACCUGUCAUCAGCCGACGAUGUCACUAAGUGGCUACAGAGUAAAGGAUUCAGCAAACUGACUGUAGAUAGUUUGGGUGUCCUAACAGGUGCCCAGCUGUUCAGCUUGACCAAGGAAGAGCUACGCCAGGUUUGCUUCGACGAUGCCAACCGUGUCUACAGCCAACUGAUGGUACAGAAAGCAACUCUAGAGGAAUCCACAACCUCCUCCUCUGAGCUCAAGGCAAUCAUGGAUCGACGGAAAGUGCGCUCAGACUCAGACAAUUCCAACGAUCAGGAUGCCCAAGCCUUCAACUCGCCCCCGCCAGAUUUUACUCCGGCCACCCCACCGGGGUUGAACGGCUCCUCUCCUGGUUACGGAGACUCUGCAUUCUAUUGGUAGACCCACGGUACCUCUAGAUUCCUACCAUGGGAGGCGACAGGUGGCUGAUCUCUAUUACUGAUACCCUAUAAAUCAACUCUACCACGCUUUGAGCCUCGCCUCAAUAUACCUCCUACGUGGUGUAGCCUCAUUUUGUAGCCUCAUUGUGUAGCCUCAGCGGGCCCCUCCAUUGGAAGCAGCAUCUCACUGAUCUCUAUCAUAUUAGAAACCUCAUGCCUUAGUUCUGCCAUGCUUUAAGCGUCAGUUCAAUGUACCUCUGAUUGGUGUAGCUUCGUUGUAUAGCCUUAUUGUAUAGCCUCAUUAUGUAGCCUCAACAGACCCAAUUGGAAACAACAGGUCACUGAUAUCUAUUACUGAUACCCCAUACCUUUGCCAUGCUUUAAGCUUCCGUAUAAUGUACCUCCUACUGGUUGUAGCCUCAUUGUUAAGCCUCAUUGUGUAGCCUCAACAGACUCCCAAUUUGAAACAACAGGUCACUGAUGUCUUUUACUGAUACCCCAUACAUUUGCCAUGCUUUAAGCUUCAGUAUAAUGUACCUCCUACUGGUUGUAGCCUCAUUAUGUAGCCUCAACAGACCCAAUUGGAAACAACCUGUCACUUAUAUCUAUUAUUAUUGAAACCCCAUACCUACUAUGCUUUCGAGCCUCCGUUAAAGCCUCAGUUAAGCCUUUCUGUGUGGCCUCAGCAAACCUCAUUUGAAUUCUGCAGCCUCACCAUAUGUUUUGCUAUCCACUUCCAUGCAUCCUGCUUCUAUACUAUGUUUUAUUGCAUGUAAAUUGUCCUCAUACGUGGCGGGAAAGGUUUCUCAGUUUUUCCAAAUAUCCACGCCAUAUUCUGUAUUCAACAAAGGGAGCCUUUGUUUUCUGCAUUCUGACUAAAAUUUCACAAAAGCAAUGGAAUCUGGCCGAUUGAUUCAUCAAUUUUUCUAGCCAAACCCUGGAGUAAUGGCCAGCAACAAAUUGCCAUACAGUAGACAACGUCGACCAAGAACUUUGCAAUCGUUUGCUUUGUACAUUUUAUACUUCAACCCCCCCCCCCCCCAUUGCAAAGUGUUAGGGAGGCCCUGUGUUGAGAACCGCCUGUAUGGAAAAAGAGAUGAUUGUAAUAUUCAAAUAUUUUUGAGAUAUUGAUGAUAAACAAAUUGAUAAAACAGAUGUAAAAAAUUAUGUUUUUAAUUUGGUGUACUAACAAUGUGUGAAUUUAUAUACAAGCAAUGUGUAACCUGAACAUGUAUAAUACAUUUCAAUCAUUAUUAUGCAUUUUUGAAGGUGAUUAUUAUUCAUGAUAUGAGCGACUGCUUAUUAAUAUUCAGUUAUUCGGAUGUUUUUGUCGAGCAGAGAGAGAGAAAGAAUUUAUGUUUUGAUAUUUAUAAAUGAAAUUAUUUUAGAUAUCGGUGAAAUAAUCAGUGUUAAAGGGAAGACAGUUGUAUAAAUUUUUAAAGAGCAGAUUAUGUAUAUAUUCAAUUUAAGGGUCAUAAGACCUCAUUUAUAUUCAUAAAAAUCAUAAAUAUUCAUAUGUUAGCUUAUUUUUAUUCAUGUAUUCAUAUUAUUAGUUGUUAUUAUUAAUUUUUUGUUUAUGUCAUUUUGUUAAUGGUGUAAAUCUUGAAUGAUGCUAUGAAUGGUACGUUUUAAGCUUUUAAUUUUGUUUCACUGCAAACCUGUAUCGUGCACCUAUGACAACCUAAACAGUUUGAAAGCUUUUUUGGUGUAACUAGUGUAUUUUUAAAGUAGCUUCGCUUCGUAUUCUUUUAGUUUAGACUCACUUCGUAUUUUUUUUAAUCAACCAACAUAUAAUCAAAUAAUAUUGAAAUUGUAUGUUUCUUUUUAAAAGACUGAACGUGAAACGAUUGAAUAUGCAGCUUUAAAAGACUACUCAUUUGCAUAAAGUGCCUCGUAAUUUGAAUAUGUAAAUAUGUAUAAGGUAUGUUAAAUUAAGGUGAAGGGUCAUCAAUAAUGGAUUGACUUGAGAAGAAGAGAAUAUUUGUUGUAAAUUUGUUUUCCUUUAAACUAGGCUUAGGCUUAUCCGGCUUAGGCCGAGUCUAAAGGCGCGGUCCCACUGCAGCCAUGACGAGAACAAUAACAAUAACGACGCAAAGAGAACGCAUUCCAUUGGUUGAAUGAGCUAUGCGUAUUCUGCGUUGAGCAA